UUAUUUUAAGUAGUCAAUAUCAUCAAUGAUAUUUCUACUUCUAGGAGAUAAGUAUGUGGAUUGUAGUAGAAUGCUACAGACAAAUCAUAUCCUCGAGUGAUCAAUUGUGCAAUUCCCUGUCAAUGAGGUUCAUUUUGGAUAGUUGUUUAUAUAUUUAUAUUCAUACGAUGCUUUUGACUGAGACUUAUCAGUAGCUUAACGAUUAAAAAUAAAAGAAAGCAAGUUUUGGCACAACUUUUUUCUAUAUACGUCUAUACUGGCCGAAUAAAAAAUAUUGGCCGAGAGGUUAAAUUUCAGAGUACCGCUAUUGGGAGAAGUAUUGGCCAUAUUUUGCUUGAUGAACGCUAACACUACUAUUGCUAUUAUUUUAAUUUAUUUUUUAAUUAAUCAUUAUUCUCCCUGCCGUUAUACCUGCGUUAUACCGUUAUAAAUACCUACGGCCAAUUAAGUAGGUAUUCGUUACGUCAUUAUAGUCGUUAAGUCAUCAUAUCUACUGCAAUCAAGAUUGUAGUCAUGCCACCUAAAAGGAAAAACGAAGCUGAAGAUAAUCCUGGGGUAGCAGCACAGAGGCCUCGAGUUGACAAGCCGAAGCCGAUCCCAUUAGAUCGUUCAUUUGCUGAACACCUCAAGUUGCCAUACGGAGGAGAAGUAUAUAAGGACUAUUCCUGCACACUCACCUUUGCUGACAUUGCGAAAAACGAGAAUAAAUAUUUUGUGAUACAAAUGACCAAGGACGGCGAAAAGUAUCAUGUGUGCUCCCGAUCGGGGCAAGUGGGUUGUAUUGAAGAAAAGAAAGUUACAUCUACAUUUGGAUCAGAGGCUGAGGCGGACAAAAAGUUUUGUAAGCUGUUCGAAGAAAAAACAGGAAAUGAAUGGAUAAACCGAAGCGAAUUUGUUCGAAAGCCUACAAAGGGCUUCACAAUGCUUGAAAUGGACCCAUGCGAUAUGCCCCUUGGAAGGCUCAGCAAGAACCAAAUCCAGAAGGCAAAGGAGGCGCUCACCGAACUCGAGGCGACCAUCAAGAAAGAUGCGAGUGUUUUUACCCCAGAACCUGUCAACGCCCAGGGAGUCCCUCCUGUCCGCUCCAACAUUCUAGAAAAGAAGCGCGUUAUAGACGAGAAAAUGACUCUCUUCUACACGCUCUACCCUUGCAACAAUGGUGAAAAAAUGAUUAAGCUGGAUCAAUUACCUGCCAUCUCUGAGAUGAAAAGGAAAUUAGAACUGGAGUUCCGUAAAUGAUGCCAAGUCAGCAGGACACAGAAUCAAAAAAAUAAAUGGCUGAUCGAAAGAGGGACGGAGGGUGCGCAUGAUAACCCAUGCCUCACGGCAGGUGCACUCAAAUAAAGGACCCCAGUGAACACUCGGUUUAUGAGCUCUGACUAAAUUUCGACUCCAUUUCAAACUCGAUCACAAAAAUGGUAUUUCAGGAAAAGGUUACAAGAUGGCAGCAUUCAUUUAAACUCCAAGUGUUUGUUUCUGAUUUGUCUCCUGGUAAGUGGUGAUGCGAACCCUGCAAGUUGAGUUCUUGAUUUGUUGUGAUGACGAGUGCGAAUUCUUACAUAAUUCUGUUCCAACUUGAUUUCAUUUUCGAAGACCGUUUUGGUAGUAAAGUAUCGAUACUAAUACAUAUAACGAAAUCAAUUCAGUUUAUCGUGUCAUAAACAUUCUUAUUUUUUUUCUUGUCGCAAAAAAUACCCUACACAUAACCUAUGUGAUAGGUUGAUUGCGAUCACCAGUUUAACAAAUUCUAUUAUAUUGCGCCAUUCUACUUGGUAGUGCGGACCAUAGCAUAUUACAAACGUUUAGUUUCGGGAGUUUUCAGAUCAUCUACAGUAUCAAUCGAUAGUUAGAUUUACCCGAGAUUAGAAUUAAGUGAACUUUAUCAUACGGCUGAAUUCACUCGAGGAUUUGAUGUCUUGAAUUGAGCAAUUGAGUAUAGCAUGUAAAGUUCUGGAUCACCGUAAUAUAAGUUCAAUUACACGAUCUCAUAUGCCCAUGGUCUUGCUCCUGGUCGUGAGUUUCUCUGUGUUCGUUGCACCGUCUUAAUUUUAAUUGUAGUUAUAUUUUCAGUUUCUCAUUUAAAUUCUCAUUUUUAUCAUGUGGAGGCUCUUUAUAUCAUGCAUCUCGAUGAAGAUAUACUUUUUUGAAAGAGAAAUAUAAAAAAAAACUCAGUUAUUUUUAAAUCUUGACAGGAAACAUUUUGGCUUAGUCAUUUUCAAGAUUCAUCGAACGCUCCAGAGGCGCUCUUGCAUAAUUUAUAAAUGUCUACUUAGCAGAACUGGGUUUCCAACAUGGUUUGUGCUGUCUAGCUGUUUUAAUACUUAACUGUCAGGCCUCUUCUUAACAAUUAAGUCAUACGGCAGUAAUGAUAAGGAUAGAAAGUUAGAUUUGAAACCCACAUAUCUAUUUAUAUAGGCACCUAAUUCAUAUAUGUGCACGGUGUGAAAAACGUAUUUAAGUUAAGUUUUACAUUAUGAAUAGAAGUUCUGAUUUACAUGAUUAUAUUACCUCACGAAAGGAACUUUAUUCAUAGCUCAAACGACCCGUCAUACAUUGAAAUCUAACAUCCUGUGUCCAUGAGAGCCUCACCUGAAUGAAGCGUAGGGAACUCUGACUUUAUUUUAUAUUGUUAUGUUGAACAUAUCUUGUAUGCAGAAGUUGAGAGGAGACUGAACGACGCUAAGCAAUUGUGGACAGGAAAUGACUUGCCACAAGACUAGCGUAACAUAAUGUGUGGGGCGACUUUGGUCUUAGGGAUCCACUGCUGUAAACAAUAUUGCCGCGAAAGCUCGUAUAAAAUACGGUUGUUUACGACAGUCGUACCACUAUACGGAACUGUACAACGGAUCAACAUUUCUUAUCAAGUGGGAAGUUUGGGUGAUGAAAAGGGAUAGAUUUUCAACUUUAAUUGUGUUCGGAUUACCAUUUUUCUGUAUACCAGUGAUUUUGUUAACGUAGGAUGCGCACUUGAUUUCCAGUUUAAGAUGCAUUGUA